UUUUUUUUCUUUUUGUCUUUCCUGUUAUUAGAAUAUGCCACUUAAACUUGUAACAAAUUUUGUAUCCUCUUUUUUAAAGCGAAACGACCAGCCAGCAAACGAGAUUGCUUCUAGAGAGUACCUUCAUACUUCACGAAAGUCAUCUUCUCUGGCGUCUCUUUCUUUUAGCCCGACAGUAACAAUACAAGGCUUAUGGAACAAGAAAGACGAACAGAACGAUUGUACUAUAAAUACAGAAAAUGAUAAAUGGGAAGCACAUCAAGAGGAGCUUGUUUAUUGGCAUAAUCAGCCUCCUAUAUUUGAUCCUUAUCCAGCGUUGAAUAUCCGGGAUUAUGAGUUAAUAGAGACACUUGGCACCGGUACCUUUGGUAGAGUUUGGCUAAGCAAACAAAAAAACACCAAGAAAUAUUAUGCUAUCAAAGUAUUAAAAAAAGCUGAUAUUGUCAGGCUGAAACAAGUAGAGCAUAUCAACUCUGAGAGACAAGUCUUGUCACAACUCAACUUUCCUUUUAUCGUUCAAUUAUACUGUACUUUUCAAGAUAGUCAGAGCCUGUUUAUGCUCCAAGAAUACGUUAUUGGUGGAGAAUUGUUUCGACAUUUACGUAAAGCAGGUCGCUUUCCUGCUGAUACAGCACGGUUUUAUGCUGCUGAGAUUGUGCUGGCAUUGGAAUACCUCCAUUCAAAGGAUAUUAUUUAUCGUGACCUCAAACCAGAGAACAUACUAUUAGACAAUCGAGGAUAUGUAAAAAUCACUGAUUUUGGAUUUGCUAAAAAGGUUGUAGACAGGACAUGGACACUUUGUGGUACUCCAGAGUAUCUUGCGCCAGAGAUUAUCCAGAGUAAAGGACAUAGCAAAUCAGUUGAUUGGUGGUCACUUGGCAUUCUCAUAUUCGAAAUGAUGGCAGGAUAUCCACCGUUUUAUGACGACAAUCACUUUGGGAUCUAUGAGCGUAUUUUGGGUGGCAAAGUACAGUACCCAAACUAUUUUGAUAGUGUUAGCAAAGACAUGUUGAAAAAGCUACUUGUCAUUGAUCGCACAAGACGAUUGGGAAAUCUAAGAGGUGGGGCAGAUGAUGUCAAGAGGCACAAAUGGUUUCGUAGCACUAAUUGGCAUGGAUUGAUGACUAAGACAGUGAGGGCACCCAUUAUACCAGCUCAUUCAAAUGAUUAUGAUACCAGUAAUUUUGAAAAGUACCCCAAUGAACAACUCACCGAACAGACUAAAGGAGAUCCUUUUCACGAAUUAUUUGCUGACUUUUAGCUAUAUUUUUUUAUAUAUUGUAAAUAUCAUCUAAUUUCAUUAAAUACUCAAUUUCAAAAAUACAAG